GAAACUAAAUAAUUGUACAAGGGCCAAUUCUAUAAUGCAAAAAUAACAUUCUUUACCAACAAACAUAUACUGCUCCACAAUGCACAUUACACAAAAGCUUAUACAAGAUAUGAUAAAUAACAUUCUUCACCAACAACAUAUACUUCUCCACAAAUAUUUAUUUAAGUACUUCCAAUCUCACAUUACUUUCAACAACUUAACUUUCCCACUUUCUCAACCCAACACACACAAAAAUGCUUUACCACAACACAAAAGCCAUGGCUUAUUUUCUACUACUAGCAUCAAUGAUAGUUGGGAUUGGAAUGUCAGAUUCAUCCAAAGAGAAACAAGAAUGCACAGCUCAAUUAACAGGGCUAGCAUCGUGCCUUCCCUAUGUUGAAGGUGAAGGAAAAACUCCAGCACCAGAUUGUUGUGAUGGUCUCAAAACACUUCUCAAGACAAACAAGAAGUGUUUGUGUGUAAUUAUCAAAGAUCGUAAUGAUCCUGAUUUGGGUGGUAUAGUUAUUAAUGUUACUCUCGCUUUGAAUCUUCCAACAGUUUGUAAUGCCCCUGCCAAUAUCUCUAAAUGUCCUGAGCUGCUGCACAUGGAUCCCAAUUCAGCUGAGGCUCAAGUUUUUUAUACAUUAAACAAUGGCUCCAGCAAUAUUAGUCCAAGUGCUGCACCUAGUCCAUCAGAUGGAGCAAGCAGCCAAGCAAGAAGUACAACACAGAAGAAUGAUGCAUUCAGAAAAGAGAAGAGAUUGAUUGGUUUAGAGUUUUUGGCUAUUGGGGUUUUAGUUUGGUUUUUAUUUGGCUCUGCUGCUGGAAACUUUUUCAUUUGAAUACCAAUGUGAAUAUUGUUGAUUAUCAUUUCCAAACACUUUCUCCCUUGAGGAAGUGUUCUCUUUUCUUGGUACAUACGUACCAUUGAAGUUUUCACUUUGUAAAAGUUAUCACAACUAGUAAGCUGUAAUUUUGUGUUUUU